GUUGUCCUUGGGUUUUCCCCAACUUGGCAUUACGAUAUCCCACCUGUUCAUCCCAAACUAUCCCACCGUUUGCCCUCGAAGAUCACCACUUCGGACCAUGUCGUGGACGCCAUGGCCGCGCCUGGUCUUCGCCCUCCACGGGGUAGCGACUGCUGCAUGGUACGACGGCAUCGCCUCAAUUCGAGUCUUCUCCCCUGCGCAGCAAGAAGAUGCACAAAGAGAUUAUGGAGAUCUCGCCUUCCAGGUCCCUUUCUACACCAGCGUCAUGGGUGUGGGCGAUGAUCCCUCCGCAGUUUACGUGGAGUCCUUCAACGUUGAGAGCCGGCUGCCCUGGCAACAGGGGGGUGCCACGAAGACCUUCUGGCGCUCGGUGGAAGGCCUGACGGCCACGAAGACAUGCACGUGGGCCACAUCUCAAGCCUGUCCUGUGCGGCGCAGCGUGAUUUAUGGAGAUUUGGAACUUUCUGGUUAUUGCGGGAGCUUUGGCUGCAUCAAACCCCGUGCAAAUGUGACUUGCUUCAAGGGUUCCGACUGCUGGAAAGAAACGAAUCUGGGCCCCAGCAGCGGCGGUUUCAUCGCUAAUGUCGCUGUGAAGGGAACUGUCAAACUGGGAACGCAGCAGCAGUUUAUGUUUCGAAAUUGUGAGUUCGGCAAAGUCGACAUCCGGAACACCUCCAACUACAACACGGUCUACGUCGGCGUCCGGGGCGCCCCGCAGCUGCCCAAAGUCAAUGCCCCACAGAUGGUCUCCGACAUCCCGCAGACCGACAGGGUGGCGGAGAAGCCGUUUUUGGUGGAGGAAAAUGGAAAGUGGUUUGUCUAUGCAACCUGGCUGGGGCCGGUUCAAGGAUGA